AUGAUAGUGAGCAAGGAUGAGAAGGUGCUCAUGAAGGCCAAAAGAAAGGGUAGUCUGUAUUACAUGACUGCAAAUAUCAUCAUGUUGAAUUCAAGUGAAGCUCAUGUUACAAUGUCCUAUCGUCUGGGAGUUUGGCAUGCAAGACUUGGUCACCCUGCCAUGGGUACAGUGAAAGAGUUGGCCAAGAAAGGGCUUGUGCAGUGCAAGGAUUCUAAGACUGAUCCAACAGAAUGUGAAGAGUGUGUAUUAGGCAAGGGCAAGAAGCUGCCCUAUCCAAAGGCAGUGCACACUUCUUCAAAGCCCUUAGAUUAUGCCCAUAGUGACUUAUGGGGGCCAGUUUAA